AUGCUCCUCGACACGAUAGAUGAGUUCUAUAUGAAUAAGGAAAAUCCGGGAGACGUGAGUCAGCAUCUUGGUGCUGGUUCGUUUGGAGCCCCGGGGGCCGUCGGGGAGGGCUCACCAAAUGCGCGACAGGCCGCCGCUGCUACGACUGCGUCUAGUGGUUCUCCAGCCAUCAGUGGUUCUGCUCCUGGUGGUCCUCCUGAUGGUCCGUUGUUGGCUGCUGCAAGACUUAACGAUUAUGAUGCUGCAAUAAAGUUUAAGCCAGUAAGGUUAACUCUACCGCUAUUGGCUAUUUGUUUUCAAACGCAGUUCCAAAUUGUUCCUUGUUUUUCGGUGAUACUUUCAUCACUGGGUCCGAUCGCCAUCAACGAGCGACGGAUUCUUAACGUCGUCAGUAAUGCUCGAGAAAUUGAAUUGGCGAUGUUCGAGUUAGCUAACGAUCGAAACAUAUACCGGACUCAAAAGGACCGUCAAGCCAAUGGGAAUCUGCAACAUCGAGCUGAUGGAGGCGCUGAGGCCACUGCCGGUGGUAGUGGAGCUAAACACACACUUCUGUUGAAACAUGCGCAUACGACUCGGCCACAGCGGAAUUGGAGUAGCAGUUUUUCAGAAUUCAAAACGGGAGCAAUGGCCACCGUCGACCUUAGUGCUCUAAUUUCCUACUCUACAGGUGUCUCAUGUGCGAACGGCCUUCUUUGGAUUCUAGUUAAAUCGGAUUCUGAGACGAAAUUUGGAAAAGAGCGCUUCGGUUAG